CUUCCGAUCACGUGUGUGCCAUGAUCUCGCGUUAGUUCCUCCUGGAGAUGCAUGGGAACGAGUGAAGUGAGUGGAUUUCAAAAGCAUGCCCUGUGAAGCAAAGCCUCGGUUUGUGGUUCUCUACGGGUCUCAGAAGGGCCAAGCUGAGUCCAUAGCAGAGGGAAUAGCCGAUGAGGCAGAGGAGCAUGGACUGGUGGCUGAGCUCAGCUGCUUGAACCAGAAUGAAAAGUACAAUCUGGAGAAGGAGAAGGACCCCGUGGUCUUUAUUGUGUCUACCACUGGAGAUGGGGAACCGCCAGACAAUGCCCUCCAAUUUGUAAAGAGCAUCAAGAAGAAGACCCCUGACCACUAUAAACACCUUUGCUAUACACUUUUAGCUUUAGGAGACACCAAUUAUGCAAAUUUCUGCAACUGUGGGAAGACGAUUGAACGUAGUCUCCAGGAACACGGAGCCAAACAAUUCUAUGCGACAGGUUAUGCAGAUGAUGGUGUAGGACUUGAGGUGGUCCUGGACCCCUGGAUUGAAGGACUUUGGAAAGCAAUCAACGGAGCCUUAUCAAAAAUGGCUUCUGAUAGGACUGACUACUCGAAUGCAGGAGCAGGGGAUUCAAUAAAGCAAACUCCUGAUUCAUCCAUACCAGAUGUCCAACUUAACCUCUUGAGAAUAACUGACCAGAAGGACUAUGGGUCGACUGGAGCACCUGUAUCCAAAUGUGCAACCGCAGCUUCGGCGUCUGCUGUGUCUGAUCUCAGGCCAGCUGUGUUUCCAUCCCAGCCUCUUGGUACUGCCAGUGUUUCUGCAGCAGUUCCUCAUGUUACAUUGGCAGCUUCCCUGACUCACUCCCUGCCGCCGCUGUCUGAGUCCUCUCUAAAUGUUCCUGCACUGCCUCCCCCCUACCUCGAUGUCACCCUUAAGGAGGCAGACACUGUGCAACAGGCAGGAGCCCAGGUGCCAGCCCACGUUCCCCCCAACAUUUCCCUGCUGUACCUGCUCACAUGGUGUCUGGAGAUCAGGAGCGUUCCUAAGAAGGCGUUUGUGCGGGCGCUGGUGGAGCACACGGAGGGCGGUGUGCAGAGGAGGAGACUGCAGGAGCUGUGCAGUAAACAGGGCAGCGCCGACUACAACCUGUAUGUGAGGGACCAGAGCCUCUGCCUGAUGGAGCUCCUCUCUGCCUUCACCUCCUGCUCGCCUCCUCUCAGCCUCCUCAUAGAGCAUUUGCCGAAACUGCAGCCGAGGCCUUAUUCAGCAGCCAGCUCCUGGCUCAGGUAUCCAGGAAGACUGCAUUUUGUCUUCAACGUGGUGGAGUUCCCAGCAUGCAUUGCGCGGCCCGCGGGGAGGCGAGGGCUGUGUACCGGUUGGCUGUUUGACCUCGUCCAUCCUGUCCCGGUUUUCCCAGAGAAGGCUGCAUGGCCACAGAUCCAUGUGAGUCUGAGACCUAACUCCCUCUUCCGGCCUCCUUCUNAGGAGGUUCCCCACAAACCCUGCUUCUCCUCGGCCAGCUGCUCUGGCGCUGAUCCGUGUCCUCGCUAUCCGAGCGGAGGGAGACCUUUCCGAACAGAAGGCCUCUGUCAGCGCUGGAUCCGCUCCCUGAAGCCAUCGAUGACUGUCAG